GACUCAGUUUGGUAUUAUCAUUGUUGUGCGAUAGGAAGACUCGAACCCUAAACCUACGCCAAUUCAAAUUCAGUGAUCGAUCGAUCGAUCAGCCAUAUCUGCGCUCCGAUCAAUUCAGAAUUCUCUGCGUGGCCGCGCCAAAACCAGAUUUCAACUACCAACUGCAACUCACUCAUGCUUGUGCUCGGCAAUGGACUCCGUCGUCUACGCGGCGCUCGAAGAGGUCUGUUCGCAGGGCGGCAACGGGCUGGCCCUGGAAGCGCUCUGGCCUAAACUCAGCCCCUCCCUCGCCUCCUACGGUCUCCACCCUUGUGCCGCCGUGAAGAGCGCCGUCUGGACCAACCUCCUCAGCAAUCCGGCGCUUCUGUUUGAAGCCAAGGGCGUUUCUUACGACUCUAGCGACCCCAAACUCCAGUCGCUGGAGGAGGCGGAGAGGCUCGGCUUGAAGAUCCUCGCCGCCGAGCACCUCCGCAACAGCUUCGUCGGCAUUUACGACAUCAAGGCCUCCGACGCGGGGAUUUCCCAGCCCCAGCGCCGCGUCCUCGAGCGGCUCGCCAUUGCCAGAACGAAUGGUAUUACCCAAAGUGAACUUGCCAAGGAAUUUGGCAUGAAAGGCAACAACAUUUUCUAUGUACUGAGGAAUCUUGAGUCCCGAGGGCUUAUUGUCAAGCAAUCAACAAUUGUGAGGACCAAAGAAGCUAGCAAGGAAGGGGAGACAAAAAGUAGCUCAAUUGUGAAUACAAACAUGCUUCACCUAUAUCGUUAUGCCAAGCAUUUGGGGUGUCAACAAAGACUUGAAAUCACUAAAAGGGACAAACCAUUGUUGGACAAUGAGAAUGUGGAUUUAGAUGCUGCAAAUUGUGAUAGUGUUUCUGAUGAAUUUGUUAAAGACGAUGUGCAUGUCAAAGAUUUUCUGCCAGCAUUGAAAGCCAUUUGUGAUAAACUUGAACUAGCUGAUGGAAAGAUUCUUGUUGUGUCAGACAUUAAGCGAGACCUUGGUUACAGGCGAACUAGUGGGCAUCGGGCUUGGAGAAAUAUUUUGAACCGGCUAAAAGAUGCUCGUGUGCUUGAGGAGUUUUGUGCAAAAGUGAGCGGGAAGGAGGUCAGCUGUUUGCGUUUGCUGAAAAGCUUUUCUCCAAAGAAUUUUGAGCCUAAAAUGGUUGGACGGGGAGAUGAUGAUCUUGACACAGAACAACUGGUGAAAUUGGGAAAGAGAGGUGAAAUCACUGAUCAGCUUAUGGAGCUUCCCAUUGAACAUCAAAUCUAUGAUAUGGUGGAUGCUGAAGGAUCAAAAGGCAUAAUGAUCACUGAGGUCUGCAAGAGGCUUGGGAUUAACAACAAACGAUAUUAUACCCGCCUUCUUAAUAUGUUCUCCAGGUUCGGGAUGCAUAUUCAGGCAGAAAGCCAUAACAAAGGCGUGGCUUAUCGAGUUUGGACAUCUAGAAAUUUAAGUCCUGCCACACCCAAUAGUGUUUUUGGUAAUCAAGAAAUUGUCUUGAAAGGAGAUGCUGCUUCUAAUCCAUCUGCAGGGGAGUUGGCUCCAGCCAUUCCGGAGUCAGAUCUUUGGACUUCUAAAGCUGAAGUUAGAGACAUUGGUACAUCUCUAGAGAAUGCAGUUGAACCAGAACUUUCUUGUGGUUCUGCUGAACGUGAACUUUGUACUGUGAGUACUGCAGGUGUAACAAAUGUUGCUGCGCUUGAAACGUCAUCCCUUCCCUUGUCAAUGCCCCAUAAACAACGAUCAUAUCCAAUUUAUCCCUGCCUCAAUUUGACUGCAGCUAGCGCCCAAAGGGAGCAGUGGGUCCUUCAAAGAUUACAGGAGGAAAAGUUUAUUGUAAGAGCUGAGUUACGUAGGGAGCUUGAGAGACUGGGGAAGGACAAGCAGACAACAAUGGACAGAAAGACACUAGACCGUACUCUGAAUAAACUUCAGCAGGAAGGAUAUUGUAAAUGCAUUCGGGUUAGUGUCCCUGUUGUUUCGAACUGUGGCCGCAAUCGUACAACAGAGGUGGUUCUGCAACCAUCUAUUGACGUAUCCCCUGAAUUAUUAUGCCAAAUUCAUGAGAGACUAAGGUCUUUUGACUUUGAAGUCCGUGCUGAAGGUUCAUCUCGAUUGAAGAAAUGUGAAUCAGUUCCUGUCCUGGAUGGUGUUCAGAGAAUCUUUAAAAGUGAAAAAUUAGAUGUCCAAGCUGAAAAGUCAGAGGCCAUGCGUGCUAAUGGAUUUGUAUUGGCAAAGAUGGUUCGUACAAAGCUACUCCAUCUCCAUCUGUGGAGCCAUCUCAGUAGUUCUGCUGGUUGGGACGGUGCUUUAUCAUCUGGCAAACAUGGAUAUGACCUGAAGAAUCCGCACAGCACUUGCAAACUUUUUUCACUUGAUGCAGCUAUUAAGGCCAUGCCACUUGAGCUGUUCUUGCAAGUUGUAGGGUCUACUCAAAAAUUUGAAGAUAUGAUUGAGAAAUGUAGGAGCGGUUUGUGUCUUUCUAAUCUUUCUGAACAGGAAUACAAACAUCUGAUGGAUACCCGAGCAACUGGAAGGUUGUCAUGCAUUAUUGACAUUUUACGCCGUCUAAAGUUGAUUCGGCUUGUAAGAGAUGGACAUUCAGAAGAUAUAAUCAAUGUUUCACAUGCUACUCUCGCAUAUGCACUGGAACUUAGACCUUAUGUUGAGGAACCUAUCUCAAUAAUUGGGCCAUCUUCUGGUGUCAUCCCUUUUGAUCUUCGCCCUCAAAUUAGACAUGAUUUUAUUCUUACAAGCAGGAAUGCUGUUGAUGAAUACUGGAAUACCUUAGAGUAUAGUUAUGCUGCUGCCGAUUCGAGAGCUGCUUUACAUGCAUUCCCUGGUUCUGCAGUUCAUGAGGUAUUUCUUUCCCGAUCAUGGGCCUCAGUCCGGGUUAUGACAGCAGAACAGCGUGCUGAGCUUCUCAAGCGUGUUUUCAGUGAUGACCCAAAUAAGAAAUUUUCUUUUAAAGAUUGUGAGAAGAUUGCAAAGGAUCUUAAUUUGACAUUAGAGCAGGUGCUUCGUGUCUAUUAUGAUAAGCGACAACAGCGACUUUCAAAGUUUCAGGGAUCCCUAAAUGUUGAUGGGGAGGAGUUUCAGUCAGUAAACAAGAGACAUGUUUCAUCUUUGCGGAAAAGAAAACAAUCUUCUGAGGGAAGAUCAUCAAAGCAUGCAAAAGUUGGUACUAUAGAUGAGCACUCUAGUGGUACGAGGAUCCAUGGGUUAUCUAGUAUUGAUAGUCAGUUUACAGAAGAACAAAGUUCCUUUGUAACUUGUUCAGGGGAGCAGGACAGUUAUUUAGAUACAUGUCAAGAUGAAGUUCCCAUGGAGCCAAUACAGGAGCCAGAGCCAAAUGGAGAAUCAGAGCAUCACUCUUUUUUUCAUGAGUGUGCCCUUUCAAGAAUGAAGCCAACAUGUAAAAGAAAGUUUUCAUGGACAGAAAAGGCAGAAAGGCAACUGGUAAUAGAAUAUGUAAGACACCGUGCUGCUCUUGGUGCAAACUUUCACCGUACAGAUUGGUCUUCACUUCCACGUCUUCCAGCACCUCCUGAUGCCUGCAAAAGAAGAAUGGCAUUGCUGAACAGUGAUUUGAAGUUUAGAAAAGCUGUAAUGAGACUCUGUAACGUGCUUGGAGAGCGAUAUGCGAAACACUUGGAUAAACUGGGAAACAGAUCAUCAAAUAGUACUGGCUGCAGAGUUCGGGAUUCAUUUCUUAGGAAAGAUUGCCACAGGACACCUGAUGAUGUUGAACGUAAUGAGGAGUUGGGCUUUGAGGGAAAUUGGGAUAAUUUUGAUGACAAAAAUGUAAAGAUUGCCCUUGAUGAAGUUCUCCAAUACAAAAGGAUGUUUAAGUUAGAUUCCUCUAGAAGAGAUGGUUCUGUUGUAGAGCGACAGUCAGAUCUGAGAAUAGGUGCUAAAGGACAUGCUCCCUUGGAAACUGAACUAACUUCUCUCACACCUAAUGAGGAAAUUCACAACCAUGGUGGUGGGAAUGAUGGUCAUCCUAAGAGAUUGAGUUGUCAUCACCUUCCUCCAAAGUAUAUUAAGCUUUUGAAAGGAGGAAUCAGUGUUGGUAGAGGGGCACACGAAUCUUUAGCUAUUUCCAAUGCUGCAGAGCUAUUUAAGCUUGUCUUCCUGAGCACCUCAACAGCUCCAGAGGUGCUGAAUAUGCUUACAAAAACAUUAAGGCGUUAUUCUGAGCAUGAUCUUUUUGCUGCCUUUAACUACCUUAGAGAGAAGAGAAUUAUGGUUGGGGGCAGUGGAGGCAAUCCGUUUGCACUUUCUCAACAGUUCCUGCAUAAUAUUUCAUCAUCUCCAUUUCCAAUUAACACAGGAAAAAGGGCUGCCAAGUUUGCUAGUUGGCUCCAAGAAAAAGAAAAAGAUCUCAUUGAAGAGGGGAUUGAUCUCACUGCAGAUUUGCAAUGUGGAGACAUUUUCUAUUUGUGUGCUCUAAUUUUUUCUGGAGAGUUGAUAAUUUCAGCAUACUUGCCAGAUGAGGGUGUGGGAGAGGUUGAGGACUCUAGAUCAUUGAAACGCAAAUCUGAUUAUCGCCAGGCGUGCAGUCCUGAUGUGGUAAAAAAGAUGAAACUUUCUGUGGCAGGAGAAGGUGAAAUUAUUUCUCGCCGAGAAAAAGGCUUUCCUGGUAUUAGGUUAUGUGUAACUCGUGCCACACUUUCAACGCUUGAUGCUAUAGAUUUGUUCAAAGAUGGAGAUAUCCAUAAUGGCACACCUACUUUUAGCAAAAAUGAUAAAGUCAACACAUCUUCAAGUAUAAAUGUUGACAGUGCUGCAUUUUCAUAUAGCCAUAUCAAGCAAGCCCAUAAUGAGGGGAGCAGCAUUCUGACAACUGUUACCAAUAAGUCAGAGUGGGAAACUAUGGCAAGCUAUGCUGAAAAUUUGAUAUCUUUGCCUAGUCACGAACAACAGGCCAGUCCUUUUUGUCCUGAGCUUUUUAGAGAUGUUUACUUGGCCAUUCAGAAAGCUGGAGACCAAGGUUUGAGCAUGGAGGAAGUCUCCCAGGUCAUGAACCCACAAGGGGAACAUAUGCCAGAACUUAUUGUUGAUGUACUUGAAGCUUUUGGGAGGGCUUUAAAGGUCAAUGCUUAUAACUCUGUCCAUGUUGUUGAUUCCUUAUACCGUUCAAAGUAUUUCUUGACCUCAAUCACCCCUCAUAAUCAUGAUCUGGAGGUGAAAUCAUGUACAAAUUUCAAAAGUAAUGAUAGGCACUUGAAUCAUGGGUCGGACACUCAUGAAGAUGUUGGUGCUACAACCCCAAAUGACUUGAGCAUGAAUGCUGAGGAAGUGCACAAGAUCACCAUUCUAAAUCGUCCUGAAGAGGUUCCUGAACCCUCUUGUGAAUUCCAAGGAAACAAAAGAGUUGAACGCGAGCAGGCAAAUCUUAUAUCACUGGGAUGUGAUCACAAGAGUGAAACUUUUGAAUUCCAUUCUAGUGAUUUAGACAUGUGUACACCAGUAUUGCCGUGGGUAAAUGGGGAUGGUACAAUCAACAACAUUGUUUACAAGGGACUCGUCCGCCGCAUUCUUGGUAUUUUGAUGCAAAAUCCUGGAAUGUUAGAGGAUGACAUCAUCAACAGGAUGAAUGCAUUGAAUCCUCAGGGAUGCAGAACUUUGUUAAAAUUGAUGAUUUUGGACAAUCAUAUCAGUGUGCGGAAGAUGCAUCAGUAUACAUCCGGGGAGCCCCCUGCGAUCCUGGGUCGCCUUCUUGGGAGCAACUUCAGAAGAUCAAAGUUGAUUUGGCGAGAGCACUUCUUUGCCAAUCCAAUGUCCACUGCCUUAUUGUAGAUUGCAUCCAACUUUGGGCACAUAAUCGCAGUUUGCCACGAGCCCUUUCGGGGCAUGCAUCAUCAUCAUCAUCAUCAUCAUGCUUCUUGAAAGCGUACUUGAUGGUUACAAGUUAGUUUUGUAGCAUACAGCUAAUGUUUAUUGGACCUUCUUCUUCCUCUUCUACCAUAUAUAGAUAAUUAUAUCUUGUUCCUGUAACUGGAAGUCACACUGUUUAUUAUAACUUUGGUUCCUAUCAGGGCUCAUGUAAAUAAUGCUUCAGAAAUUAAAGCUAUUAACUGUCUCUUUCUUCUCUUCUAA